CAGUACGGAAUGGCAUCCCAGUUUUAGCAACUCCUUUCAGCUCAUCUUGUCUUUGUGCCGAAUCUUUUCCCCAAAUGGUUCCCCAAGAAGUCAUUACUCUGGCUCUGGAAAUUGUGUUGGCAAUAGAGAGACAGAAGAAAACGCUGAUGGAAGAAUCACUGAGGGCUAAUCAACUUGCACUUCAGAAGAAGGUGAGGGAGCGUUCCAUGCUUAAGAGAAAAAAUCAGGAUAUGCUUGCAAAGGAAGCGGCAAAGAAAAAAUUGUUGGAUGAUUGCAUGGCUUUCAUUGGAGCAAGUGAGAAUAACGAGAACGCCCAGAAUUUUGAUGAAAAAGCAAUGAUGAAAGCUAUUGAAACUAUGAUGAACAGUGAUGGCGGCGACAAGGGAGGAUUUGCCGGCAGUUACGGAGACACUUGUGUUCCUGGAAUCAAUCUGGGUCUUGAAAGAAAAACUACGAUCGAUGAAAGUGUUGCUGUGGUGAACAAAGUUGCCAGUUGUGGAUGCCAUAAUGGAGGAUUUUUCGACGAUCACGGAGAGAUUAAUGAUGCCUCUGAUAACGCUCAGAAUCUUGGUGAGGAAGACAAAAAGGCUGCUGUUGAUGAAACAAACGGUGACAACGAUGAAAGCAACAACGCUGGUGGUUAUGGCGGCAGUUACAAUGGGAACCGCCGCAAGUAAGAUGGCAGUUGGUCCAUUAAUAACUUUUAUAUCAUAUCAUCUACGAUUCUCUUUCCUAAUAUUAUAAUUAUGCUAAAGCACUAUCAUAUUAAAAUACUUUGUGAAGGGAAUACCAUGUUCAUAAAA